AUGCAGUCCGUAACGGCCCGUGGUUUUCGUGUGCUGUCCACGGACGCGGUAGCCCCAGAAGUGGCGCAACCCGCGGUUGCUGCGAAUCCUCUUCAAGCGCUCGAGGUCGUCGCCCGUGAGCGCGAUGUCGACCUUGCGCGUGCCGUCGAUGUUGGUAUUCAGCACGCGCAGAAUGUGCUGGAAGUACUACAAGAUGAUCGACGUCACGUUGUUUCGCAGCCGCACGGUUGA